GCUUUGACAUUCGUCACUUUGUAUUUUAUUUUAUUGUAUUCUUCUAGACACAUUGAAGGAAGCUCACCGUGAUUGAUCCCUACAACAGUUGACAGCCCAAAGAUUUCCCCAUCUCCCCCACCAUGGGUAACGACAAGAACAUCAGUGCAUAUUAUGCACCCACAGGUGGAUUACCACCACAGACCCAGCUGCUCACCGACCGUGCUAUGUUCACCGAAGCCUAUGCAGUCAUCCCGAAGGGUACCUUUAGCGACAUCGUGACGAGUUUCCUGCCCUUCUGGGAGCAGACGCGGUUGUGGGUCAUUGCCCGGCCGUUGUCGGGCUUUGCCGAGACCUUCUCACAGUACAUCAUGGAAGUGCAACCCGGAGGUGGUAGUGACCGCGCCGAACUCGACGAGGGCGCCGAAGGGGUGGUCUUUGUCGUCGAAGGCGAAGUGAGCAUUACGUUGGCGGGGGAAACGCACCGACUGACGGAGGGGGGAUAUGCGUAUCUGCCGCCGAAAAGCGGAUGGACCCUGCGCAACACCGGCGUGGCAACCGCUCGUUUCCAUUGGAUCCGCAAGGCCUAUGAAUCCGUGGCGGGACUCGAUGCCCCCGACCCACUCUUCCUCAAUGAAAAGGACAUCGUGCCCUCGCCCAUGCCAAACACCAACAAUGCGUGGGCCACCACCCGGUUUGUCGACCCGACGGAUCUGCGUCAUGACAUGCAUGUCACCAUCGUGACCUUCGAGCCCGGUGGUGUUAUCCCGUUUGCCGAAACCCAUGUCAUGGAACACGGGCUGUAUGUCCUCGAAGGAAAAGCCGUCUAUCGCCUCAAUCAGGACUGGGUCGAGGUGGAAGCCGGCGACUUCAUGUGGCUGCGUGCCUUCUGCCCCCAGGCUUGUUACGCCGGUGGCCCUGGCAAAUUCCGCUACCUGCUCUACAAGGACGUCAACCGCCACAUGAAGCUAUCGCGAUAAGCACAGAAAGGGCGUGCACGAACGGGAGCGGGGCCUGAAUAAUGAUAUUCCGGUCCGGAUGAGGAAAAUGCGGGGAGUCGAUGUUGGCCGUCGGCGCCAAGAACCAAUCAGCCCGUCAGAAGUCCAAUAACGAACCGUACAGACCAGACACGAUACAACUAUUUCCACCACACAUUGUUAUUCAGUCAGUUGCGGUUGGAGAUGCAUGAACAUGUUAUGAUUCCAAGGGUUAAACCAUGUAAAUAAUGAGAUACAACAAAAAAGUACAAAAUUUUAAACUUGACGAUGA